AUGAUGAAUCCAUUAGCAUUGGCAAGCGCGACAAAAGGAAACUUACCGAGGAGUGGAACAGAAGCAAUGAACGACCCAGCGUGGCUUGCUCCAAUGCGCACGGAAAUGCAGCAAUUCAGUGACAGAAAGGUCUGGAAAUUGGUGUCGCUGCCGCCAGGCGAAGUGGCGAUAGAUGGAAUGUGGGUCUUCGAUGUAAAGGUGGAUGGCAAUGGGAGAGAAGUGAAACGCAAAGCGCGAUACGUGGCACGAGGGGAUCAGAUGGUCGAGGGACGCGAUUUCGGAGCAAAAUGGGCGAUGGUGGCGCGUAUGGAAUCCGUCCGGAUGGUGUUCGCAGUCGCAGCAGUCAAGAAGCUAAAAAUACGGCAGUGGGACUUCUCUGGAGCAUAUCUGAAUGGCGAAAUGGACCGACCGGUUUACAUGAAGCAACCAAAGGGAUUCGAGAAGAAGGGGGAAGAGCACAAAGUGUGCCUUCUUCUCCGGCCCCUCUAUGGUCUAGUCCAGGCUGGGCACAUUUGGUACAAGCUCCUCGCUUCGGGCUACAAGCAGCUGGGGUACUCCGAAAACGCCGCCGAUCCAUGCGUCAGAACGCGACAGCAUGGUGAAGAAUAUACCGUGACUACGACCCAUACAGAUGAUGUUCUUGGCACAUCAUCAAAUGAUUCCGAAAGCCAGAGGGUAGUGAAGGAAUUCGCAGACAAAUGGGACUUGAAAGAGGUCGAUCUAAACCUCUUGCUCGGACUGACGGUCGAAAAACUGCCAGACGGUUCAAUAUCAAUAAGCCAACAUCAAUACUUCGAAAAAGUACUGGAAUACUUUGGAUAUUCCGAGCUAAAACCACUGUCAACACCACUCCCCCCUGGAUACCAAGUCCGCGCGUCACCUUCCCCCCUGCCCGCUGAAGAUGUCACAUACAUGCGAGGGAAGCCGUACCGUCAGAUUCUCGGAUCCAUUAUAUGGGGAAGUAGCGGAACUCGCCCGGAUCUAGCAUACGCAUGCUCAGUCCUCGGCCACGUGCAAUCGAACCCCGGGCCCGAACACUGGAGUCUGCUAAUCGGCGUCCUACGAUACAUCAAAGGAACAUUGGAUUUUGGAAUCAAAUACUCUCCACAAGGGAACGAACCAGGAAAUGGUAUAAAACCGCUGGGAUUUGUCGACUCUGAUUGGGCAGGAUGCAUUGAUACGCGACGAUCCACGGCCGGAUAUAUCUUCUUCAUGGGGGGAGCACCUGUCGCGUGGUCAUCAAAGCGACAAGCGGUGGUCGCGCUGUCAUCAACUGAGGCAGAAUACAUUUCGCUGGCUCGUGCAUCACAACAGGCCAUGUGGAUGAAAAAUUGGCUGUCGCAAAUCUUCCUGCCUCAAGAGCCACCGAUCCCCCUACGCGGCGAUAAUCUCGGAUCCAUCAGUCUCACGGAAACGACCAAAGGACAUGGUCUCGCCAAACAUAUCGAUAUCCGGUAUCAUUAUAUCCGGGAUCGCGUCAAUGAUGGAGACAUUUCGGUUACUUCCGUUCCUGGCAAGGAAAACGUGGCUGAUAUCCUCACAAAAGCGCUCGGACGCGCUGACCAUGAGCGCAUAUGUCAUUCAUUAGGUUUGGAUUGGAAGCGCGCUGCACGCCAGGGGGAGUGUUGA